ACCUGAUGACGUCAGCGCUGUGACUCACUAUGGGAUCUAUCAAAGAAAAGUCUCAUAUUUGUUCGGAUUUUUAAUUCGUCAAAGCAGAAUUGUGUCGUUUUUUAGCACAUUUACAACGAUUUACACUCAGAAAAAUGACAGACAAAACAGACGCAAAACCUGACUUCCAACAGAUUAAUAAAAGAUCAACUGACCAUGAAGACGCUCGCACAUAUAGGGCGGCGGGAGAAGAUUUGCGUGUUUCUGAUGAAUACCCUAUGACUAGUUCCAGAAGAGGACGAUUCAUCAUUAUAAACAAUGUGAACUUUUUAGGAAGAACUGGAAUGAAUACUAGAGAAGGUUCAGAUAGAGAUGCUAUCUCUUUGAAAAUGAGAUUUAAAGCUCUAGAUUUUGAUGUUGUGGUUUAUAAAGAUCAAUCCACGGCCCAAAUGGAAAAGAUUUUCGGAGACGCUGCCGCCAAUGUUGAUUACAAUAGGAGGGCCGAUUGUUUUGGGUGUGCCUUACUCUCUCAUGGAGAUCAUGGAAUUAUCUAUGGUAUCGAUGGUUUUAUAGAAAUAGAAAAGUUGACUGAACCAUUUAAUGGUGAUAAGUGCAAAGAACUCGCUGGAAAACCAAAAAUCUUUCUUAUUCAAGCUUGUCGCGGAACAAAAUUCGAUAGCGGUGUUGAGAUUGCAGACAGUGAAGCAGUUAAUCCAGGUGCUGAUGAUAUUUUUAAAAAUAGAACUUUCAAGAUUCCUGCCCUUGCGGAUUUUGUCUUUGCAUACUCAACUGUGCCCGGUUACUUUUCAUGGAGAAAUUCUAGAGAGGGUUCAUGGUUUGUUCAAGCUAUUACUACUGUUUUUGAAAAAUACUGUGACGAAAAGGACCUACUCUGGAUGCUUACAAGAGUUAACUACGAAGUAGCGUACAAGUUCGAGUCUAAAACGAAUCAAGAAAGUAUGAGGCAAAAGAAACAGAUUCCUUGCAUUACGUCAAUGCUUACAAAAGACCUUUACUUUCGCCGCAAAUAUUGA